AAAAUGCUAGGUAGCUAGGGCACAGUUGCUACAGCCAACACAGGGAACCCAGCGGGGCGUUUCGCCUUGUUCUUAACCCACAAGAUGACUUGAACUGUCAAGAAUGUAGCCUAAUGUUACGCAAGCUAGCUGUGGGUCUUAUCAGGACACUGCUGCAAGAGACGACAAGUUGCGAGCUAGCGUUAGCAUAGCAACUCAGCUAGCUAAAGUUAGCGGGCAUGGUUCUCCUGCUUGAGCACAGAGUCUUCAGGAUGAUGAAUGAGUAAGAAAGGUGGAGGGAGGAGGGGGAGUUCAUAAGCAACAACAGAGGGAGGUUGCUCUUCAGAUGCGGUAGUUCAGUCUCUGGGAGAUGCACUUUACAAUCGUGACCAUCUGGAGAAAUUGCACUUUACAGUCCUGAUCAUCUGGAAAAAUAGCAUUACUGAAGAUGGGGAAGGUUCUGAAAAAUCUAGUGGAGAUGAUGAAGGAGUACCCAGAUGGGAUUCCUCUGAAGAAGGUGGCUAUUGUCUACGCCCAGAAAUACAGAAAGAACUUGACUUUGGCUGCCUUGGGUAUGAGCUCAAUGGAAAGCCUGGUGGCCUCUCUGGAUGGACAUCUGGUUAUGGAGGGGGAGCUGGUAUUCCACAAAAACCACCAACCUAAAAAGGCCAAAGCUUUAACGGGAGCUGUUGCAUCAGCAGAAGCUACAAGGGACAGCAGGCCUGCAACACCCAAGAGAAGCCGGUCUCAGUCAGGGAAAGGUCCACCAUUGCCUACUCCUGGCACCGACCUCCUACUUCAAGUAGAUUCCAGCUCUCACAAUGGAACUGCUCUCCCUGCAGGAAUUUCCUUUGGUGGUCCAUCGGACUCUGCUGUCCCCUCCUCCUCCACCUGUUGUACUCCUCCCAUCCCGGCCCCCAGCAUGUCAAGGUCAACUGAGGAACUGACCCAGGAGCAGCUGUUACAGAGGGUCGUAGAGGUGAUGAAAAGGUAUGCAUUUAUUGGUGGAUCAGUGGAGCAGCUACAGGCCUGCUAUUUUCAGGAUUUUGGUGAACAGCUUCCUAUGGAGCAGUAUAUGUCUCUGUAUGACAACUGGGAAGCAUCACGCUCAAAGACGGCACCCAAUGUGUUGCAGCUAAAAACAAACCCCUGGAAUGUUCCACUGCAGAAAGCAGCAGUAACACAGAAUCCUGAGGGCGACCCAGAGACAGACCAGAAACAGACCAUUCCGUCCAACCCACUUUCUGACUCCGACUUCCCAGCGCUCGGGGCAGAGAUGAAGCAGACCAAAGACCAGAGGAGCAAGCAGAGAAAUGAAACCCAGAGAGAAAGCAGUGCCUCUGUCUUCAGGGAAGCUUACCAUGCCCAGCUGAGAGAGGUCCAUAGGGCUAAUGUGCGGGCAGCAGAGGCCUUGGAGGAGGACGAGGAGGAUCUUACAGGGAGGAGGAGGAACAGGGCCUUGGAUCUAGACAUGGUCAACAGCCUGGUGGAGGACGUGAUCCGAGAAAUUGCUGCAGAGGGAGAACUGGUCACCAAAGAGAGGGUGAUAUCCAGGGUGUGUAUGCUGAUGCAGGUUCCCUCCUUAGAAUCAAGCUGGAUAAAACCCUGGAAAGUACCAGCUCUGAAGGACCUUCAGUAUGUCCUUAGAGAGAUCAACAUGUUCCUAGAGUCCACAGAGGCAGUGACAGCAAUCUGUACUCUGUAUGAGCUGGGCCAGUCACUGGCUGCCCUGAAGGACAAGAAGCACUAUGAGGAGUUGAACUUGGGGCCCCUCUGCAAACUUCCUCUCAUUCACCGCAUGUUCAAGAUUGACAGCAACACCAAGGACGAUGACAUCAGACAGAUCGAGACAGUGGACAUCCUGAAGCACCUUCGCAUUUUUAGGAGGAAGCAGACCAAGCCAAAAGUAGACCUGGCCGAGUUUAUGAAGUAUCUGGCUGACCAGUACAGCUGUGACUCUCCCUAUGAGCUGGGUAUCAGGAUACACAGCAUUGGGCUGCCCAUAGCGACCCUAAUUAAAGUGAGCCGUUGUGAGCACACCAUUAUGGAGAAGGCUCAGCAGGCCAUCCAGAAGGAGCUGGAGGAAGAAGCCCAGGAGCGGAUGAGGAAAAUGAAGAAGAAUGUGAUGGAGUCAGUGCAAGGCCAAGGUGCCUUUAACUCCAUGGGCAGCUUGGAGCUCAGGAAGAAGUAUGUUGGUAUGACAGCUGCAGAGGUAGUGCUGGAAGUCUUCACAAAUGCGGUGGAAGUCUUCAGCUCCAAGAUGGCCAAGCGUGUCCAGGACUUCCUGCUACAUGUGUCAGGUGACCGGCUGGCAACCGCUUUAUUUCAACUGGCCAUCUGUGGAGGCUCUCUGGCAACCCCGCCUGACCUAGUGCCCAAAGACAAGGCAUCCAAAAGCACAGAACAGAAUAAAAGAGAGGAUAAAGUGGCUACUGCACUCCCUAGUGAAGCGGCUGUGAAGCAGUUCCUGAAAGACAGCUUGUCCAAUCAGCACUCAGCCAUCACUCUGGUCCACAUAGCCUCUCUGGAGAAGAAGUUGACCAAACACUUCCAGGUUAAAGAGUUCAUCUCUUUAGAGCAAGGCACCUUCCUGGACUUCCUGGUUAAGCACAUUCAGCUGCUGCAGGAGACAGUGGGUGGCGCUGUGAGUCUGAGCAACAGCAACGUGGAAAUCCAUGCCUGUGGUUUCAGAGUCAGCAGACAGGAUGUGUUUGAGUUCAUCAAACAGUGUGGAGCCAUCACCUCCACAGACACAGAUGGACUCUCCCAUGUCGAGUCAGCUCUAAGGUGUCACUACGGGGUCCGGGACAGUCGUGACUUGGGGUUUGGUCCCCUGCGGAUCCUGGCUGGUCAUGUCCAACGCCAGAGAGACAUGCUGGCUGGAGGAGGACCCAGCCAAGUUUUCUAUGAGUCAGCCCUGUUUGCCAAGCACAGCAGCACUACGACAGUGUGUGAGUCAGUGGGACUCCUUGGGGACAUGGCUCAAGCCCAGGCCAAGGCCAGCUUGCUCUCCUGCCCCCUACUGGAGGAUUUAUCCGAGUGGAGCCAAUGGGAGCUGGUGUUUAAGCCCCUGUAUGGCCCCCUCAGAGAUUUCAUCGAAAGACAUGCAGCUAAUACAGACUUGGCAGCAUUGGAGGUGUCACCAGGUGUGCUGCUCAGGAUCACCACCCAUACAGGAGACAAGCUCUUCUCUCAUGCUGUCACAAACCUCGACCCCGUUGGCACAGCCGGCCACCUUGUCUCCAUUGUGGUGGCUGAUGGGAUAGCUGAUGCUCCUACAGCCCUCCUGGCCAAUCACAUGGAGAGCUCACUGGCAGCAGCUGUCGCUAAAGAAGCUUUGUCCCAGGCAGAAGAGGACAUGUCAUGUUACAGGACUGUGGCACGAUUCCUUUUGGACUGUUUGAUUCGAAUCCCCACCAGAACGUGCCAGGCUCUUCUGCAGCAGGUGUUUCUGGAGCCUUUCUCCCGGGUCUUGGGCCAGGCGAAGUCUAAACAGGUCCUGCUUACUAUGGCCCAGUCUGACCCACGUCACCUGAACUGUCUGCACCGGCUGGGCAUCCUGCUGGGCAUCACAGACUGGGUCAAGGACUACCACAACAAGCUGACACCGGCCCAGAGCAAAAACUAUAUGUGCCCAACUCCUGUGGACCAGAUCAAGUCCAACUUGGUAGAUUCUAAGAGCAGCAGUCUGUCCGCCUUGAAUAUGAGUGAAGAUGAGGAUCUCGAGGAUACCACGAUGGACUUGAGCUUCAGCUCCUCAAACCUCAACCAGAACUCACAUCAAACUGAUGGUGAGCAAGAAGCGGAGGAGGAAGAGGAUGAAGAAGAGCUCUAUGAGUUGAGUUCUUUGCCUAACGGAGAGAUACACAUCAACAGUGAAACAGAAGGAAGCCAGGAGGAAGAACACUCAGACUCGGCUGAUCCUGAUGAAGAGAGCGCUGCCAGCAGCCAAUCAGAGAGCUCAGAGAACCUUCAAAAAGCCAUAAUUGAGGACAUCAGGAAAAGUGAGUUUGGUAUUGGUGUGGAGUUGACUGUUGAAGGCCAGAAGCUGAUGAAGGGCCACCAGGACCGGCUGGGCCGCAGCCUGGACCGGCUGUCCACUGAGCUCUACAGCAAAGACACGCACUUUGUCCUGGAACUCAUUCAGAAUGCAGAUGACAACAGCUAUCCAUCAGAAGCUAAUACGCCCCCAGCCCUGGCCUUUGUGGUGGAGAGAGACUGCAUCACCGUUCUCAACAACGAGACUGGCUUUCAGGAGAAAAACAUCAGAGCCAUUUGUGAUGUCGGUUGCAGUACCAAGGGCAAACACAAAUAUGGAUACAUAGGUCAGAAGGGCAUCGGGUUCAAGUCAGUCUUUAAGGUCACAGACUGUCCUGAGAUUCAUUCCAAUGGCUUCCACUUGCGCUUUGACAAGACCUGCGGUCCCAUGGGAUACAUCCUCCCACACUGGAUGGAAGAUGGGAGACCUCUAGAUACACAGCUGAUGGGCAUGAACCAGAACAGCUGGACCACUAAGAUCUGCCUUCCUCUGCGCUCAGAGAGCCACCAGACCAGAAACCUGUUCCAUGAUGUUCACCCCUCCCUGCUGCUCUUCCUGCACCGCCUACGCUCCAUUACCAUCUACAAUCAGAGCGAGAAGCGGCUUGUGACGAUGACUCGCAGAGACCUGAGCCACAAUGUGCUUGAGGUGGAGCACACAGAGGGGACUGAGCGCUGGCUGGUCGUGAAAGGCACGUUGCAGCCCAAGAAGAUCAAAGAGGACGUUGAGUCGACUGAGCUCGCCUUGGCCUUCCAGCUGGAUAAUGACAACACAGGAAGUGACAUCAGAUGCCAGCCUCAGCAACAGCCUGUCUUUGCCUUCCUGCCCCUUCGCAGCUUCGGCUUCCGCUUCAUUGUUCAAGGCGACUUUGACAUCCCUUCGUCUCGUGAAGAUGUGGACAGAGACAGUUCAUGGAACCAGUGGCUUCGAUCUGAGAUACCCCAGCUCUUCCUCAAGGCCAUGGAUGUUUUCAAUGAUCACCCAGAGUUCAGCGGGCUGAAGGGUGUCUGCCACUUCCUGCAGUUUGUCCCUUUGCCUGGCGAGGUGUUAGACUUCUUCAAGCCUGUUGCCGGGCAGAUUAUCCAGCUGCUCAAGGGCAAGGCCUUCCUGCCUACACUCAGCUCAGAUGGUUCUGUUGUGUACAAGCUGCCGUCUCAGGUGGCUGUCUGUCAGGACGCUGUGAUCCGGGAUGUGAUUUGCGGAGAUGAGCUUGACAGACACCUGUCCCUGGCCUAUCUCCACCCCAAUCUGCACCCUGCCCCACCCACUUCGCUGCUCACUCACCUGGGAGUCCGAUACCUGAGGGGAUCUGAUGUUACCACGGUAACCACUGCCAUGGCCAAGGAGCUAGUGCAGGGAGAAGGCAUCCAUGCAGACGGUGGCCUACGCCGGCUGGCCAGGCUUCUGGUUUGCAACUUCCGUGCUCUGGAGCAUGGCUACGGAGAGGCAGACACCAUCUUGCAGACCCUCAGGGAUCUUCCCAUAAUCCCCUUGGCUGAUGGACGGGUGGUGGCGCUGAGCGGAGAGGGGGUGUUCUUCCCAAUGGAGGAAGCCAAGACCAAGAAAAAGAAAGCUCAGGCUCAGACUGGACCAUUUUCUGCAUUGUACAAGGAUGUCAGCGUGGUUCAUCCAUCUCUGCUGAGCUGUGUUGAGCCACUGGAAAGCCAGCAGGUACGAGAGCUGCUGAGGAAGUUGGGAGUCCAUGAACUGGAGCCUCACCAGCUACUAGAGCAGCACAUCUACCCUGCUAUCCGCAACGAUCGCUGGAAGUCCAAGCCUGAGGCAGUGGUGGUCAGCUACCUGGUAUUCAUCAAGCAGCAUUCCUCCUCCAGCCAGGAGUACUCAGACAUUGCAGUGCCCGUCCUCACCAACAGUGGCCUGCGGUGCCCAGCACAAGACAGGGUGCACUUCUCUGAAGAGUACGGCAACAUGGACCUGCCCAAGAGACUUCCUGGCUGCGACUGGGUGUUGGUGAGUCCCUGUUACGUCCAGACAGACGGCGAUGUAGCGGGAUGGAGAGAGCUUUUUGCCAGACUGGGGGUCAGAGACCAUCUCAUUAUCCGCAAAGAAAGACGAACCCUCACCGCUAGUGAACUGGCUUCCAGCCCCUGGUCAGCGGAAAGUGGGCUGUGGCCCCAAGGAUCAGUGGAGGGGGGCUGCGUGCUGGAUGACUACCCCAGUGAAGAGUUCCAUGCCCUGGCCACAGCUCAGCUGCCUGGCACCCUCCUCCUGCAACAGAGAUUGGCCCUGUUGGACCUGUUGGAGACCAACUGGGAUACUGGUGAUCGGUACUCUCAGUACCUGACAGCCCAGGUGAUUGACAGCGAUGGACGAACAGUGAGAAGCACCAAGUCCUCCUUCUUCCACUUCUUGUCUCAUCUUGAAUGGGUCCCUGCCUAUCGUUUGCUGGAGGGCGGAAGCCGAAACACUGAGUACCUGUGUCCCAACUCGGUCUACCUGAUCUCACCUGAGGUCCACAGCCUGUUGGGGACUCAUGUCUGCUAUGUGGACUCAAAUCCCAGCGAAUUCAGCAAAGCUCUUGGAAUGAGGCAGAGUGUCUCAGUGGACCUGCUGAUUGACUACCUGAAGAAAUGGUGCGUCAAACCGCAGUCUGAUAACCAGGAGGAGGAACUAGCCCAGGAGGAUUCAGAGGGAGCAGAGUUUACCUCCACAGUGCAGCACAUCCACAACAUCUACUCAUACCUGCACAGGAACUGUCCCCAGAGCAGCCUGAAGGAGCUGUUCCAGUAUACCCCUGCUAUCUUCAUAGAGUACAACAGGCGCACUGACAACUGGUGUUCGGGACGUUUCUACCAUCUGAAGGAGGUAUGCUGGUGCGAACCGACAGGCAUGUUUCAGCGCUACAGCAGUCAGAUACGCAGACAAGAACAAACUGUCCAGGAACCCAGAAUCCUGGCUCCGUUCUACAACCAACUGGAAGGCAUGAGGGAGCUCUUCACCAGGCAGCUGAAUGUAGAACCCAGCCCCAGCAUGAAGCAGUAUGUGGGUUUGCUGGAGCUGAUCUGCUCAUCGUCUCCAAUACCGACUGCUGAAGUGCUACAGGACGUGUCAGUGGUCUAUGCCAGACUUGCUCAAAAGUGUAAAAUCUCAGCAUCUGGGGACCAGGAGUACAUGACUCAGACCAAAACCAGUGCCAGCUACUGCUCCACACUGAAAGGUAUGGUGUCUGACUUGAGGGUGUUCCCCACCAAGGAUAACACGUGGGUGAGUCUGGCCCGCAGACCCUUAAUCAGUGACAGUAAAGAGCUGGAGAAGAUCUUCAAACCGUACAAACAGGCCUGCCUGCUCAACCUGCCACCUGCAGACAAGAAAGCUGUCUCCAGGACCAAGACUGGGAACCAACAUGGAGAGCGAGUUAGCAGUGGACCUGCCUUCAGUGAAGAAGACCGAUCUCUGUUCUUGGAGAUCUGCGGGAUCCGUCAGCUGUCUGAGUGUGUGAAGAUGGAGGCCCAGACUGAGAACCUGAGGCCCUGCCCCUCCAUGCAGGCUGUGGUGCGCUCAGUGAUGCCCUAUAUCCAGAAGUUCCUCUACCACCACGAGGAGCUGGGUGAAAUCUAUGGAGAGCUGCUUGACAAUAACAUUGGAGAGAAGGUCAAACGGCUUCAGUACUGGCAGGUUGGUAAGCUGUACAUCCGCUACCAGCUGUCUGUGGCCGACAGUGAUCCUGUGGUGGAGCUACGGGAUGUUGUCUGUCUGCUGAAGGACAAAAAGGACCUCUACAUCCAGAAAGAUCACCUUUCAGCCAAGCCUGACAUGUUCAGAGAGCUGGUGAAACUGUUCUGCACAGAGAGCAGCCACAGAAAAGAGCUGAUGCAUUUCCUGAGUGGCCUGAUGACCUCACUCGUUGAUCAAGGAGCUCUGAGGAGAUUCCUGCAGAAGGAGGAUAUCAGGGACCUGCCUGACGAGGAGGAGCUGUGGGAGGUUCCAGAGCCUCCCAGACCAGAAGUCAAACCAGAAAGAGCUCUAUCAAGGGGUUUGUCUUCUGUCAGCACCCCAGAGCCAACAUCUCACCCUGGGCAACAGGAUGGAGAGCCGACGCUUGUUUGUUGGCCUCCACGGGCAUCGAUACUGAACACAGGAACUAAUCGCACAGCUCAGGCAGAUGGGGUCGUAGAAGCAGUUAUGAAGAUGUGGCCACCACCUGCUGCGCCUAAAGACAGAGAGCCGGAGAGGGACAUUGCUCCUAGAAGCAGCAGCCAUGCCACUGUUCCCCAGAGUCCCACCAUCAGCUAUGAGGAAAACCAGCCUCCAAGAACCAGCGACAGAACCAGCGACCAGCUCAGCCCUUACAGAAACCUCAGUCAUCCAGUCCAACUCAACAUUCCUGCAGCAACCCCCAGCAUCCCACAGAUUUCAGAGCCCAGCCAACAGAAUGCAGUCAGAGCGGCUCAGACCACUGAGUCUGCUGGAGGAGAGCGUGGAGAGGAAAGCCUCAAGGCUCCCACACCAAACCAGAGCCCUCCAUCUGCUCACCAGGCCAAGACAGACACCAGCCAGCCCACACUGCUCGACCACUCCGUCCCAGAGGCAGUGGUGUUUCCCACGACGUUCCAGGGGACUGACGGUGCCGGAGAAAGCCAGCGUCCUCCUCUGGCGCUGGACUGGCCCCUGUGGAACAGAGUCCAGCCAUCACAGGCCACUCUGGAGGACCUGGAGCUCACCUGCCAGAGACCCACCACCGUGGUGCUGUCCGAUGACCCAGGUGACGUGGUGACCAUCGGGGAGUGGGGCGAGCAGCUGGUCAACUCCUUCCUGUGCCACUGGAGGGACAGCGGCGACCCCGGGCGUCCCACGCAGGUCCUGUGGUGCAACCAGGACGGAGAAAGCAGGCAGCCCUACGACUUCAAGCUCACCUUCGGACCAGCGGGUGGAGGGCACGCCAACGGAGGGGCGGGGGUGGUGUACGUGGAGGUGAAGGCGACGGUGAAGAGAGAGAGGGCGUUCAUCCACCUCUCGGCCAAUGAGCUGGACUUUGCACUGAAAGAAAAAGAGCGGUACCACAUAUUCAGGGUGUACAACGCAGGAGACGCUCAGAACGUCCGCCUGUGCCGCAUUCAGAACCUGGCACAGCAUCUCCAUGCCAAAGACCUGGAACUGUUUCUGUUUGUGUAGAUCCUUUCCAAGUCUGCAGAGGUAUUUGGGGUUAUGCUUUUGCUUUAUUUCACUCUGCGAGAGAGAGUUCAAACGCUCUCAAGUCUUUAGAUGUUCCACCAAGUUUGAUUUUGUGGCGAUUAUACAUGCCUCUCAUCUACUGUCUGUGCAGCAAUUACACUGUUUUAACUCAUUGAAAAUCAGUUCUUAUGCCUUUACAAGUAUAUCCUACAUGCACUGAUCUUAGGUUUUCUAUUUUUUUAUGUUUUAAUGUUAUGGGUAUAUUCUUUUGUUUUGUAAUUGUAUGAUUUUACUUGUCUCAUAUAUAGUAGCAGUCUACAGUUUGGACACACCGUCUCAAUCAGUGUUUUUCCUUUAUUAUUUUUAAAACAUAUUCUGGUUUGUUUAACACUUUCUGUUUUCUACACAAUUCCAUAUGUGUUCUUUAAUAGUUUUAAUGUCCUCUGUGUUAAUCAACAGUACAAUGUGGAAAAUAAUAAAAAUAAAGAAAAGCAUUGACUGAGAAGGUAUGUCCAAACUGACUGGUAUCGCACUAGAAAAUGACAAAAUUUGCACAUUCCUUUGAAGGUUGUCAUUAAGUCCAAAAUACUUUUUCAGUGUCAGUAAACUACAGACAGCUCUCUUUGUUUUAGUAUGUGCACAAUUUUAAAGUCAGCAGCAGACACACUGAAUUUUUUAAUACUUCAAAUAAAGCAUAACCUUGUGAUUUUGUGUACUGUAUACUGUAUAUUUUACAUGUAUAUUGCAAAAUGUAGUGUUCCUUUUAAAGUAAAAUGUUUUUUCUUGCUGGC